AUGGAACAUCCAGCAUAUACAUUGAGUUUUUUGACUGCGGCCGGUGGUCUCAUGGGGUACUACCGUAAGGGCUCCAUUCCAUCUUUAGUAUCCGGACUGGUAUUCGGUAGUGUGUACGGUAUUGCCGGAUACUUGCUGCAUAUGAACAGAGACGGUGGGUUAGAAAUGGCAUUGGGCGCAUCCUCUUUGUUACUUGGUGCAGGGAUUAUCAGAGGUAUGCCUUCCAGGUUCACUAAACCGGUUCCUAUCGUUUUGACAGCCCUGGGUGGGAUGGGCAGUUACUACUACUAUAACAGAUACAAGGAAUUUUACCCUUGA